UGUCCGCGAUCGCAUUGCGGUCCGCGAGUGACAGCUGAGCGCGCGCCCAACGGAGAAGCUGCCCGAGGAGAGGCCAACGAGGCUGCUGUCGGCCCGGAUUCCUGCGAGGCCGCAGUGCGUUGCGUCGCGUGGCGGCGUGUGGCGGCGCGCGGUGGACGCGGGCCGCAGGCAAAUGCAGCGCUGCGUGUGGUGGGCGGCGGCUGCGGGGCUGGCGUGGGCCAGCCUCGGGGCCAGCGCGUACGGCUCCGAAGACGCCUGCAGGCACCGCAGCAGCGCGCCCGCCUUCGCGGCGUGCCCGGCGGCGCCCUACCUUCCGCAGCCGUGGCCGCCCGCGCCCGUGCCCGUAGCCAUGCCCAUGGCGCCCCCGGACGACCCCCCGCCGCCCUACCACACCGUCGUGCGCGGCGCACCGCCGCCCUUCUGAGGUAACGCCUGCUCACUACUGUUCAUAGGACAUAAACACUCUUGCAUUUUAAAUUCUCUUGGCUAAUGUUUUCACUAGUUUUACGUAUGUGCCACCGGGAGAGAGAUUGCUCAGGGUAUCAACAUCAGGGAUGUGACUGCAGUACCUCUGGCCGGGAGGGCCUAGUACGCUAACGAACGGGC